AUGACUCAAAGACAUACUAAAAAGGAUCUGCAUAAGAUUGAUGACCCUUAUUUGGCGGACAUCACUGCUUAUCAAAAACUGGUUGGUAAAUUGAUCUACUUGACAAUUAGCAAACCAGAUAUAUGCUUUGCUGUACAAGUCCUCAGUCAAUUUAUGCAGCAACCUAAAAGAUCUCAUUGGGAGGCAGCUCUAAGAGUUGUCAAAUAUGUGAAAAAUGCUCCUGGAUUGGGAAUAUUGCUUGGCAAAGACAGUGUUACAAACAUGACUGCUUAUUGUGAUUCAGAUUGGGCAUCAUGCCCCAAUACCAGAAGAUCAGUGACUGGAUAUGUCAUACAAUUGGGAGGAUACUUGGUCUCUUGGAAGUCUAAGAAACAUACUGUGAAUAGAAGUUCUGCUGAAGCGUAA